ACGCACACACACCACAUGAGCAGGAGUGAGAGUGAGACACACAUCACACACACUACACCGGCCGGGAUCAUCGAAAUGGCGACCGCCAUCAGCAACGGCAGAGGCCCAUCGACGAACGACGAGCUCCAGUCCAUCCUCGCCGCGGCGCGGCCGUUCCUCCUGGGCGACCUCGCGGCCGUCGACCCCGACCUCCCCUCGCUCGUCUCCGUCCUCGUGUCCGCCGGCGCCGGCGAGUGCUACCACAAGCACGGCACCUUCCUCGCGCACCUGCUCGACGUCUACCGCAUCCUCCGCCUCUGGGGCGCGCCCGACGCCGUGGCCCGCUGCGGCCUCUUCCACUCCUCCUACUCCAACUCCUACGUCAACCUCGCCAUCUUCGAGCCCGACGUCAGCCGCGCCCGCGUCCGCGGCAUCGUCGGCGCCGCCGCCGAGCGGCUCGUGCACCUCUUCUGCGUCGUCCCGCGCCACGCGCUCAUGCACGACGACCUCCACCUCCGCUACACCGACGCCGAGCUCCGGGACCACCUCGCCGCCGCCGAGGCGUCCCUCCAGGCCGCGCGCUCCGGCGGGGGCAGGCCGGAGGACAAGGCGGAGCCGUGGCGCGCGAAGCUGCGGUCCGUGGUGCCGGAGGAGGGCGUGGUGGUGCCGCACAUCCGGACGGGGGAGCCGGUGGCGCUGUCGCGGCGCGUGCUGGCGGUGUUCGUGCUGAUGACCGUCGCCGACUUCAGCGACCAGUACACGGACUACCAGGACAAGCUGUUCCGCAACGACGACGGCCGCCUCGAGUUCGCCGGCGACAACUGGGCCGCGCUCUGGCCGGGGACCGGAAAGCCCGGGCUGUGGAUGAGCGCCAUGUCCAGGCUCGCCGCGCUGUACCGCCUCAUCGCCACCGACGAGCAGCUCCGCCACAUGGAACAAGAGGGGUCGACGAAGACGGCGGCAGGGGACGAACAGGACGAGGGGCUGGAGCUCUGCAUCCCGCCCGUGUUCGACCGGUGCAGCAAGGUGCUGGACCCCGGCGAGCAGAUCGCGGCGAGGGACCUGUACUGGGAGGCGAUCUGCAGCGACGGCAAGGAGGGCGUGGAGUCGCUGCUGCGGCGCUGCAUCGUGAAGAACCCGUACGUGGGGGAGCCGUGGCUGGUGCUGGCUCAGGUGCUGCUGAACGAAGGAGGGAGGUGGGAGGAGGCGGAGGCGGCGGCGGCGGAGGGGCUGAGGCUGGUGCUGGAGUGGGGCAGCAGCUGGGACAAGAGGAUGUCGUGGGAGGGGUGGGUGUCGUGGGGGAGGGUGAUGAGGGACAAGGCCAAGGAGAAACAAUGGCCGCGCUCUGCCUGGGGCAUCAUCAACCUCGGACUCGUCGAGCAGAUCAACGACCACAACUAGCUGCCGUCAUUUAUAACUCGCUCGAUCACUCGAUCAGUUGUGGUGCUUACUUAGCGCGAGUUUGUCUUCAUUAAUUAGCUGUGUGAUGGUGUGGUACCUGAGUAUGUGACCUAUAUAUAUUUCUGUCAUUGUGUGGUGGUCAUUAGCGUGAUGUUGUGGUAUCUGAGUGUAUGUGACCUAUGUUUGCUCGUAUGGUUGAAUAGCUACUGAUAAUGAAAUGAAUGGUGAGCCA